AUCAUGAAGCGCCAGAGGGCACCAAUUGCUUGUGAGAAAUGUCGGCUACUCAAGGCCAAGUGCGAUGGGCGACAGCCAGUUUGUACCCGGUGCGAGGGCUACGGCUUCAAGUGUUCAUGGUCAUCACGUAAACGAAAGGUUCCAUUGCCGGAACUGGAGACUGCGAGAGAUAUAGCUGUGCGGCAAUAUGAAUCUCUGAUGCAGGAGCUACUAUCGAGCCUCGAUCCGAACCAGAAAGGAACCCUAAAUGCUAGUCUAGACACAAUCCGUCGUCAGCUGCCUGUCAAUGCCACGGAUUCGAGUCUGGAGCAACCUGCCUCGAUUCGAGAACCGAGCACUGUUUCCAGCGAGGCGGGCGUGGAUUCACCCGCCACCUACGUGGGCAAGGCGAGCGAUAUCCAUUUCAUACAUCGCAUUCGCCAGUGCUAUCAAACCGGGGCCUGGACUGCGAGAGAACCCUCGCCAGCCGAAAACUAUAGUCAAACUCAUAUCACCAAGAGCCUGGCCGGGUUGACCCAGCCUCUCAUCGUUCCGACUCCAACCGAAGCGCGAGGCUUCAUAGAGGUUUAUUUGUCCACCAUCCAUGUCGCUUACCCGUUUCUUUACCGAGAGAUUCUCCUGGAGCAGUUUCAGGUCUUUCAGGCUGGUGAUUACGCGGCCCAGGAAUUUGAGCCCUGGCUUGCAUUGUUCAACUUUAUUUUCGCUAUCGGCUCCUACUACACCUCUUUUCCACAUCGAUCUGGGACAGCUUCCUCCGAUCAUCUGCGAUACUUCGAGCAAGGAGUAUACUUUUCUCGGGAACUAGGCGCAACAUGCUCCUUGCUGAGUGUGUGGGCCUUGAUAGUGCAAUGUUUCUUCCUGCUGGCGAUUUGCCACACCGAUAGGUGCUGGAACACACUUGGCUUUGCCAUCCGCAUGGGGCAGAGCAUCGGCCUUCAUGUGGAAUCGUCCCCCAUGCAUACCCGGACAUCAUGGAUGGCCGACCGGGCGCACUGGCGGCGAACAUGGUACUCGAUGUAUGUUCUCGAUCGGCUGCUUGCGCUUCAGCUCGGCCGUCCCAUGGCCAUUCACGAAAGCGAAUUUCAAGUGGAGAUGCCCUCUGUCUCCGAUCCUUUCCCGUUUGGCCGGAAUCCAACUGCGUCCGCGGGGUCUAUUACGGCAAGCAGAGAUACAUCGACCGGCUCCCGCAUGGACUACUUUAUUGCUGUCAUCCGGUUCUCUUACUUGGUGGGUGCGGUUAUUCGGGAGUUGUACCGGCCCUCGCAGAUCGAUGUGGCCCCGGACGUGGUGCUCAACACCUCGUCGGCUCUGGAUCAACGGCUCAGCGAAUGGAAGAAGGGACUGCCACGGCAUCUGCGGUUCGACCUGGGUCAUACUUUUGAGAGCUCGGUCACCUUCAUGCGACAGCGUAAUAUGCUGGCCGUGAAGUAUCAUCAUCUACGCGCUUUGAUCCACAGACCCUUUCUAUGCCUUCCUCUCCUGCAGACCAACAACCAUCCGUUUAUGGAACUGCUGCGUCGAGAGAAACACCGAAUCGCCCAGGCCGAGUCCACUUGCGUCCAGGAAGCACGGCAGACAGCGCAGCUGCUCCACAAUCUGGUCGACGAGCGCAGUCUAGUACAUGACUUCCCCUGGUGGCAGAUGAUCUCGUGCUUGAUCUGCGCCAGCUCAAUCCUCUUUGUGGCCGAAGCUUUCUGCCCGACCCAAGACUCGUUUCAUAGCACCACAUCUGCGCAGGAUCUCCGAGAAGAUGCCGAGACCUGCUUGAAGGUCUUUGAGGCGCUGAGUGCUAACUCGGCCGCCGCUCGAAAAGCGGCCGACAUGCUGAAAGCACUUUCCAGCCUACAUCAUUCCAUCCAUAGAGGUGUGUCCAGAUUCUUUCUGUUUUGGUGGGUAUUUCUUCUCAUUUGGGAUAGCUGCAGCGCCGUCGGCAGUCGUAGAGUCUACCUCACAGCCGUUAUCGCUCUUACCACAACCCCUCAGCGACCCCGAUCCUGCUCUUCAUCUCGAGUCUGCCUCGUUCACGUCGUCACACAUCAUGCCAGACGAUCUCCAGUUCCCUGGGGAAUGGCCUAG